GAGAGUAUGAGGAUAUUUUAGAUGUAUCUUUAUAUAUUUAUAUAUUUUUUGUAUUAUUCUUCCAUUGUGACUAGUUUUUCUCAUCCCCCUUUCCUCUUGCCCCACUCCUCCCGUAGAAAGGAAAUCCUGUCCCCUCCUCCAUCUGGGUUGUGCUGAUUCAGUGUGUGUAUAUGUAUGUUUGUGUGUAAAUUCACAAAUCGAAGUAGAGCAGAAAAAAACUCUUGCUCAUUGGAAGCAUAUGCCCUUACACAGUUGAUACAUUUUUUGUCCCACUUUACUGAUCUCGUCUUUUGUACAGCUUGCUGCUCCUCAAGUCAUGGAUGACCACCACAACUUCUCCUAUUAUGACGAUAAUUACACGGACCUGUACUGGUUCCUCCAUGACUGCCAUGUGGAACUGGAUUAUGUCUCGCGGAGAAUUGCUGUCUUCCUGCUCUAUCUGGUAUUUUUCAUCCUGGGCCUGGUUUUGAACUGCAUGGUGGUGUGGGUCAACUGGCGUCGGCGAUACAGCAGCAACGGUGUGGUCUUUUGUGUGCUCAACAUGGCCAUCUCUGACCUGAUGAUGAUGACAGUGGUGCCUUUCUUCAUGCUUGGGGCCGUUAUGGAUCAUGUGUGGCUGUGGGGCAACUUCCUGUGCCAGUUCACCAACUUGGUCUUUGUGAUAGCUUUCUACAGCAGCUCGCUCUUCCUGGCCUACAUGACAGUAGAGCGCUACCUGGCUGUGGUUAAGACAGGGCCACGACCCUGGGGGCCCACAGAGAAGCGGAAGAGAGGCCUAAUAUGUUCAGCUCUGUGGAUCCUGUCUUUUAUCCUGGCUGUUAUGGAAGGCUCCCAUGUGCGGCUGCUGGAGUGGGAUGAGCCCGGAUGCUACUUCUACCCUGUACAUAACUUUGUUGGUUGGUUCACUGCACUCACCUUCUCCUCUCUAAUCCUCCAGUUCCUGGGCCCAGGGGCUGUCAUUGUGACCUUUAACCUGCUGACCCUGCGAGUGGUACGUGGGUACCCUGAGGGACGGGACCAUAGGCGGAGGGACCUCUGGUUGGUCCAUGUCUACUCUCUGGUGUUUGUGAUUUGCUGGCUGCCCUUUCACAUAGACGUGAUGCUCAUGCUGCUUGACAGCCUGGAGCCACGUCUGCUGAGCUGCACAGAGGUGGAGCACAUCCACUUUGCCUAUGCUGUCGCCCAGUGCCUGUCACUCUUCCACUGCGUGGCCAAUCCCAUUCUCUACAACCUUCUCAGCAGGAAGUUUCGCAAGCAGUUGUUUGCUGCUGUGGCUCAUCACCUGCAAAGACAAGCUAUGCUGGAAGGAGGGGCUGAGAAUCAUGCAAAACAUGUAGUGGGAGGGAGAAAUGGGGAAAAACAGGGCACAUGUUCGAAUAAGAAAGAACAAGAGAUUAGUGAUAACAACACUAGUCAAUCAGAUGUGUAGAUUUUCAAACAGUAAGAGAACUAUAUUUUAGGAGGAAAUAAUUCACCCAAUUCAAGUCUUGUAAUGUCGUUUUGUGAGAUGUUAUUCCUCCCCAAAGAAUGUGCAUAAUGGUAUAUCCACUACACUUUUCUCCUGGUAUGCACUUCCUGUUUUUUCCUGUAGCCAACAUUAAAGUUGUGCAGUUCCAGGAAGGAAAUAUUUUUCAUGUAGUGUCCUUAAAGUUACACAUCCUAAAGUAUAGCAUGUGUAUGUGUACUAAAUAAUCUAUAUAUAUAUAUAUAUAAUACAAAUUGUAUUGUACAAUUGGAUAAUGUUUUACUUAUUGUGUUUAUUAGAAAUGUAUUGAUUGUGUUACUAAAUGUUUUAUAGCAAAUUUACAAUUUAGUUAAAUAAAAAUAAGUCUAGUUAAUAUCUCCUUGGUGAAAUCUCUCUCCAAUGAGCCACAUGGAGGGCUCAUGACAGCAUGCGUUCAUAAUGUAAACCAGUAAUAAUUUAUAGAACGCUGAACAUACAUUUCACAACAUGUCUAUGCUCUCAAGAUAAAUGUUUUGGAACUCUAUGCUUUCUGAUUUUGAAAUUUAAAUCUACACUCUUUAUCUCUCACUU